GUUGCAACGUUGCUGCCACAGGCUGAUGCAUGGCGUGCUUCAGAUGAAGAAGGCAGCACAGAGCUUUCAUCUGGGACUUACCCGGAGCUAGAUCCUGAAUCCUGGCUGGAUGCGCUUCCUGUCAUAGGCAGUUUGCCUGAGAGUUCAAUAGACAGCCAUGAAUCUUCCUCUCAAGGGCAGCCUCCAGAAUUCUCACGACCUGCAUGCCAAGUUUACUCUGGAACAACGGAAACAUGGCUUUCAGGACAGGGUUUUCCAACAGCAUCAUCGAGCGUUCCAGACGAGGCCGCUGCUCCAGCAGCAGCGGGUGCUGCAUCUGACGAGGUUGUUGCAACAGCAGCACCACCAUCAACGACUGCUGCUGUCCCGCGGGCCGGUUUGAUCUGCAUGCACCCGUAUGUCAGGUUGCCUAUUUUGCAGGAAGGGGUGGUGCCGCCGCCCAUUGUAUUGUCAGCUUCGAAUUUCGAGGCGGGCAACGGCUCGUCAGUGCAUGAACUCUUGCUUGCUUUUCGCUAUCUGUUCGCGAAGCAGUCACUGAAUCAGUCGGAAGUUACGGUUCUUGUGGAAAACGUCCAAGAGCUUGCAGUUGCGUCGGCCGCUCGGGCGCGGGCAGCCAAACGGCUGCGCCGACCUUUGCAAGGCGUGGCUAGCAUAGGCAGGCAGUUUCUGGUUUUAGAUGCAAUCGUGUCUGCAAUACACGUCCUGGGCGUUCCAGCGCUCUCUUUCAUGUGGUGGGAGGCCUUCGCUGAAUGCUUCGAUGCAGACUACCGGUACAACGAACCAGGAAUUCGCACCAAAUGCAGUGGCAGGAUCAACAUCAACCUCGCCAAUCGAAUGUUAGCAGCAAUCUCCAUCUACAAAACAGGAAAGCGCCCAGAUGAUGGGGAAAUUCUUUUUCUCAAGCAGCUCCUCUUCUUUUCUCCCUGCGGACCUCUAAGCUUCAGGAGUCUCAAGUGGGAACCGUGGAGAACUGAUCACUCAAGGUUUGAAGAGCAACACCCAGCGCCUUCUAGAUGCCUGCCGAGUGGAAGACUUGUUGCUUCGUAG